CGCGUGAUUACGAUAAUCCUCUGAAGAGAAACAAGACAAAAAUAACCGAAGUGAAAUAUGUCAAUUUAUUACAGCGAAUUGGAGUAUUAAAAUGACAAAUUAAUAGUGAAACUUUCUGUAAAGAAGUAGGAGAAUAAACAAAUCGUAAAAUCGAUACUCUCACAAAGUAAAAUGAUUUAACGAACUAAUUUCUAUUCUAAGCGAUGUCUCAAAAUUACUCAUUUGGUCAUUCAGUACGUUCCAGAUACAUUAUUAGAUAACAAAGUUUCAAUUAAUCGUAUUCCUAUAAGAGAAAGAUUAAACGUACGAUAGUGUAGUUCUUUGUUGACGCACAACGUCAAAUUUGAAAUUCACGUUGGGAUGUUGGUCGAACUUGGAGAUCACAAUUGAAGGACAAAUCAAUAUACUCGGAAUAUUGAUAUAUAGAGACACCUGAAGCCAAUAUUGAGAGAGAGAGAGAGAGAAAGAGACAUUUUAAAAUAGAAUAUUUACUAUAUAUAGUGGAGAAGAUCAGUACAAAAGCUAACGCAAUGUUGUACACUUAUUAGAUUUGCUUCAGAGAGGAAGAGAGAGAAAAAACUACGUCUUGGAUUUCUCGUUCUUUAGUACAAUCCCAUAUUGACAGAAGAAGAACUAUUUUCAUCAAAUUAAAAAUUACAAAGCUUCUUUCUAAGCAGCACGAAUAUAAAUAUUAUUAGUCGGGUAUCAAUAUAGACAAAAAACUAUAUUCACCGAGGAUAUGGAAGGAAAGGAAAUAUUUCCAUUUGAGAUCAGAAACAACGUUUUGAUAGGUAAAAACGUUCCUGUUGAAGAUAAAGAUAUUACUACCGGAGAACUGAUUUUAAAUACUCUUAAAUCUCAGCCGAAUUUUGUUGCACAGGUGGAUGCAACAACGAGUAAAGAAAUCACAUUUCAGGAAAUAAGAACUAAGAGUGUGAGAUUGGCAAUAUGGAUGACAAAAGUCAUUAGUAUUUGUCCAAAAGAUGCAGUAGCAAUAUCUUCCAGUCAUUAUGAGUCUAUGUAUGUUUUCCUUGCAUGCUUGUAUAUCGGCGCUAUACCAGUUCUGUGGCCCGAAAAAUUUCGAUUCGAAGUUGCAGCAAAUUACAUUUUUAGCGGCAACUAUAAAGCGAUAUUCAUCGAUGAAGUUUUGGCUUAUGCACUUCUUGACGACAUAGUAAAAGAGAAGCUUGAUAAGAAAGUGAUAGUCUUUGAUAAAUUUCCAGCUGUAUUUAUGUCGUACAGUGAGCUGGAAUUAUCGUUGGACAUAUACGAUAGCAUAAUGGUCGAUAAUUUUAUUUGCACGAAAUUAGACAACAAGUCUAAAAUAGACAUGCAUUUGGCGAUAAUAUUGUGUACUCGCCGUACACAUAUCGGUAGUUCUGUGAGAAUACCACAUUCAGUAUUUACGGCUGCUGUGAACCAGCAAGUAUUUGAUAUGUUACCUGGUGACGUAGGCAUGUGGGUAGGAUCUUUUAGUUCACUCACUAACAUAAUAUUUGCCGUUCAGUCAAUAUUCUCGUUUAAACGAACGAUUAGAUUCAUGGACUACUGGAAGCAAGGAGUAUGCCAAGCGAUAGAGAAACACAAGGUAAACUGGAUACUACUUGAAACUUAUAUGUGCAAAGAAAUGGUAAACUCUAACGUAUUUAAAAAAUACGAUCUCUCCUCUUUGAAGAUGUUAAUAUAUACCGGUUCGUCAAUGCCGUAUGACGAUUAUAGAAAUCUUAUCGAGUCGCUGCCAAACACUUCUAUCAUAUCAUUAUAUUAUACUACUGAAACAGGUAUCAUAUCUUGUCAAGUAAAAAAUGGAAAGUUCGGAUCAAGUGGUUACGUUGGUAAGAACAUUUGUUUGAAAAUCAUCGAUCUGUACUACAGGCAAUCAUUAGGCCCAUACAAAUGUGGCGAGAUAAUUUGUAUCACUGAGGACGUGACAAGUAGAUUUGAUGAUCUUAACAAGUUAUAUGAGGAAAUUGAACUUCUGGCUGGUCAUACAAUUUCUGAUCGUUUGCGCACCAAAGAUGUAGGCUACUACGACGAAAAUGGUGAAAUAUUCGUGGUGGGUCGGCUAGCGGAUCUUAUUUUCAAAAAUAGCAUUUGGUAUUCACCGACUAUAGUUGAAAACGUAAUAAGCAGAAUCAGUAGUGUAGAUGAAGUAGCUGUAGUGGCCGUGAAGAACGCAAAUAAUGACUAUCCAGUUGCGUAUCUUACGACAAAGUCAAAAAAAGAGAUAUCCCAGAAUGAAGUGAUACAUGAAGUGAGGAAUAAAUUACAUACCUAUAUGUGGCUUCAUACUACUAGGGUGGUGAAAUGUAUGCCAUACGGUCUUGAUGGUAACAUCAACCGGAGUGCUCUUCGUAAACAUGCGCAUAGUUACUUAGAUUUUGAUAUUUUCAGUUAUUCUGAUCGGGAAAAUUAACUCUUUUAUAUAUAAAUAUAUAUAUAUAAUUUUAAUAAAAUAAUAAAUUCGACACGUAGACGCUAUUUCUGUAUCCAACGUAAGAUAUAUGCGGGAAGGAAUCAAAUCUUACUGAAUCAUAAUCAUAUUGAUUAGAACAGUGCACAUUCAACGAAUUACGAAGCGUUCUACGAGAACAGACUCAUUUUAAGAAGAGAGAAUCCGCGAGAAAAGUAUUGUGGGUAAUAAUCUGCAUAUUUUUUUUGGAGAGUAAUAAAUUUCUAGAAAAUUUCUAUGUUCUAUCAUCCAUCGAAGGAUUUAUCACACAAAAGAGUUUCACGAAACUUGAAUAUUGCGCGUAAUCAUCGUAUAAUAUUGCCAAUUUCGAGUUCUCGCUCUAAGGACGAAUGAGGAUACCGCAAACAAACGAUAUUCGUUACAAAUAGCCUACAUAUUUGUGAAGAUGAGCAGUUCUAGAGCUAACGCAAAGUGUUGUAUUGUCCAUAUACAUUCGUGAAACAUUUUCUUAGACGAAAGAUAUUUGAUAUAAUUUGGAUAUUUUUACAUUCCACACUAAUUUCUUUCGCAUUCUAAGUUUUAUCUCAUUUAGGUAAAAUAUUUCUCUACAGGUUUUAUAUACUAUUCAAUUCCGUUUUGCAUUAUCUAUGCAUGAUAAAUUGUUACACCUUAACUUAUAUAAUUCAAGCAUUGCUUGUCUUUCUUUUGUACUGACUAAAUUUUUGGCUUCGGCGAUUUUUUAAUUUAAACGUAUUUCGAGAGAAGCAGCAGCCUCAGAGAAUUGGAAUUCGCAAACAAUCAUGAAAAGAAUAUAUAAUAUUCAUCAAAGACAUGGAAAUACAUAAAUUGGCGAAGAAGUUUCAAUUGAAAACGAGGAUAUUAAUAUUGGAGAAUUAAUUUUAAAUACUCUUAAAUCUCAGCCGAAUUUUAUUGGACAGGUGGAUGCAACAAAAG